AUGCAUGAUAUUGUUGUUUUGACUGAUGGGUUUGGAAUUUUUUUAUUGGUAAAAAUUCGAAAUACGAGUAAAUUUAAGCGUAAUAAUUCGGCAAGCCAAUUGCUAAGGAAUAAGAACUUAUUUAAAGGGGAAAAAAGAAAUGCUGACAAAGUUAUUUGUGCGAUUGCGGGAAUUUUGAAUAUUGAUGAGGAUGGUAACAAGUUCACCUUUUUGGAUGAAAUCGAUGAAAUGAUCGCAUUGGCCAAUGACGGUAAUAAUAAAAAUUUCAAUGAAUUUCAAACAGCUAUCCGAGUAUUUCAAGAAGAAAUUGAUAGACUCAAUCUUCAGGUAAAUCAACAGAAGCAACAUAUAUUAUCAAUUCAAUCGAUUCAUAAGCAACAAUUAGAAAAGAUUUCUCUCAGUCACGCUAAUGAAAUUGAAUUAUUACAACAAACGCAUCAAAAUCUAAUUCAACAACAUCAAAAUCUCGAAAAAAAUCUUUCCGAAGAAAUCAAAAUUUCAAAAUCACGUGAAAUUCAAUUACAACAAGAAUUAUUAACUGCACAAAAGCGUUCCUUAUCAAUCGAUCAGGAAAUAGAGGAUAAAUUAAGGAUUAAAGAGAAAGAACUAAGAACGAAGUAUAAUGAGGAAUUAGAGCAUCAGAAAUCGCAGAAAAAGAUUUUACGAGAUCGUGUAGAGCGAAUGUCAAGGCGUGAAUGGCAAUUAGAGCAAAAAAAUAUCGAACUUCAACGAAGGAUUCAGCUUCUUGAACUCGACAAGGAAAAAUUUAGAGAGGAAAGAGAAGAGCUUUGGAGAUUUAGAAAAGAUAAAAGUAAUGAUAAUGUUACAAUUGCUUAA